CUGGCUCAGCUCAGCUCAGCCGGAGUUGGUGCCAAAAACCAAACCCAACCCAACCCAACCCAACACACACACGCGAAGAAGAGGAGGAAAGUCACCAACCCAACCCACUCUCCUCCCGCUGUUGAGACUUGAGACCACAUCGCCAUCCCGAUCAACGCCAUUAACCCAAUACAGCUGCAGCUGCUGCAGCAUAGGAGUAUUGUACUAGUAGUGGCACUGGUAUUCUACUACUAAGCUAAGCUAGCUGUUCGUGUUCGCUAUACCAAACCUGCCAAUCAGUUUCGUGCUUGCACCUACUGCACUAGCUUUCUCGCUCCGAUUAAGCCUGGGCGUGCGUGCUGGCGCGGCGCAGGGAGGGGGGGAUCAGCUGGGUCAACCGCGAGCUCAGGGUAGCUAGCGUUGAUUUGGGGCUCGAGGUAGUGGUGGCUCAGUGGCUGCCAUGGGUAGUGGCGGCAAGGAGCAGCGGCGGAUGGACCGGUUCAUUGUGAUCCCCUUCUCCUCCACCUGCCGGAACGGCUCCAGCGUCGAAGUCGUCGAGGGCGGCGCCGGCGGCAAGAACGGCAAGAAGCCACAAGUGAUGCUGUGUGCGUGUCUAGGCGGCGGCGGCGGCGCCGGCGAGGUGGUGGGCGGCGGCGGCGGUGCCGGGGAGAACAAGCCCAAGGGGGAGUCGCUGGUGGCGAGGCUUCUCAGGGGGUUCAAGAACCUGUCCCAGAUCUUCGCCGUCUACGAGGACGACGACGAGGAGGAGGAAGAGGAGAGGGAGAUGGUGAUCGGCCUCCCCACCGACGUCAAGCACGUGGCGCACAUCGGCUGGGACGGCAGCACCAACACCACCAGCAGCCUCCGCUCCUGGAACCGCGCCGCGCCGCCGGCGCCGUCGUCGUCGUCCUCCGCAUCCACCUCCUACGCCUUGCCGACGCCGGCGGCGCCGGCACCACAGCAGCAGCCGCCCCUGCCGGCCUUCUCCAUGCGGCAGUUCGAGCUCGCCAUGGCCGCACAGGCCGCCGCCACGGGGACCACCGGCGCCGUGGCGAGCUAGCCUGGCCACGGGCUCACGGGGCCGUUGUCUCUUCCACCAUGUGUAACUGCGCGUGGGGUGACGGACGGACGGACGGGGCGAUUUUC